AGGUGCAUGAAGCAGUUACCCAGAUGUAGGAGUGGCUAAUUGCAGGCUUGGGCCUUGGGGAACAUGUUAGGCCGCCGGCCCACAGAUGGCAGUGCGUGGCGGGAUGCACCCUGGACGCAUGUACUCAGACUCGACUCCGCCAAAGCAAGCAAAGCACCAGCGUCCAGCGACUCAAAUCUCUCUCUCUCUCUCUUCAUUAUCUUCACAAUCGAAGAAUUGCAGUGAGUGAGAUGAGUUCAGCGGAUCAUGACUCCGACCCUCCCAUCCGACUCGACUUGCCUCCGCUCUCACCGAGCCUCUUCGAUUCCGAACCAUCAUCGGAGCUCCAACAACAAUCCAACGGAUCCGCCGCCCGACCCUCCUCCUACCCCUCCAGCCCCACUAGUAGCGGUUACGCCGCCGAAAGGGGCAGUAGCAGCACCGCCUCAAGCAUCUCCCAGGUCGAUGACGUCCUCCACCACGAAAUUCAAGAGAUCACCAUCCACGAUUCCCAACCUCAACCUCCCUCUCACUCCUCCUGGCUUCCCGGAAAACGACACGCCGAUGAGGAUGAUGCUUCCAUUUCAUGGAGGAAAAGGAAGAAGCAUUUUUUUGUUCUGAGUAAUUCUGGCAAACCAAUAUAUUCUAGGUAUGGAGACGAACACAAGCUUGCUGGUUUUUCAGCAACUUUGCAAGCAAUCAUUUCCUUUGUGGAGAAUGGGGGUGACCAUGUCAAAUUAGUGAGGGCUGGAAAGCAUCAGGUGGUUUUUCUUGUAAAAGGACCAAUUUACUUGGUCUGCAUCAGCUGCACAGAAGAGCCUUAUGAGUCACUAAGGGGGCAGUUGGAGCUUAUUUAUGGCCAGAUGAUUGUUAUACUAACAAAGUCAGUAAACAGAUGUUUUGAGAAGAAUCCAAAGUUUGAUAUGACACCCUUGCUUGGUGGAACAGACAUUGUCUUCUCUUCACUAAUCCACUCUUUUAGUUGGAAUCCAGCUACAUUUCUUCAUGCCUAUACUUGUCUACCUCUUGCAUAUGCAACCAGGCAAGCUGCCGGUGCUAUCUUGCAGGACGUUGCUGAUUCUGGUGUUCUGUUUGCUAUUCUGAUGUGCAGACACAAGGUUAUCAGUCUAGUUGGUGCUCAGAAAGCCUCUCUUCAUCCAGAUGAUAUGCUGCUCCUGGCCAACUUUGUUAUGUCAUCAGAAUCCUUUAGGACUUCAGAAGCAUUUUCUCCCGUGUGCUUGCCAAGAUACAAUGGUUUGGCAUUUUUGUAUGCUUAUAUCCACUUUUUUGAUGAUGACACAUACUUGAUGUUGCUGACCACUAGUUCUGAUGCAUUUUACCAUCUUAAGGAUUGCAGGAUUCGUAUUGAAACGGUACUUUUGAAGUCAAAUGUCCUUAGUGAAGUUCAGAGAUCCUUGCUAGAUGGUGGGAUGCAUGUUGAGGAUGUACCGCCCUUACCUAGUUCUGGAUCAUCUCCUCAUUUGAGCCAGCAUAGGCUUCCAUCAGAUUCUCCUGAAAGGGAACCUAAUUGUCACAUUGGUGGUGUUGCUGGGUUGUGGCAUUUCAUAUAUCGCAGCAUUUAUCUGGAUCAAUAUAUAUCUUCAGAGUUCUCAUCACCGAUUAACACUCCUAAGCAGCAGAAAAGACUGUAUAGAGCUUACCAGAAACUUUUUGCAUCCAUGCAUGAUAAAGGAAUUGGGCCACACAAAACCCAGUUUAGAAGGGAUGAAAACUACGUUCUGCUCUGUUGGGUAACACAGGAUUUUGAGCUUUAUGCUGCAUUUGAUCCCCUUGCAGACAAGGCCUUGGCAAUAAAGACGUGCAAUCGGGUGUGUCAGUGGGUAAAAGAUGUGGAAAAUGAAAUAUUUUUGCUGGGAGCUAGCCCCUUUUCAUGGUGAUUUUCAAUCAAUUACUGUAAACAUGCGAGAGUGUUUAUUUAAUAAAUUUUCUAUAGAAUUUAAUCUUUCCUGUUUUUUUUCCUCGUUAUGUUCUAUUAAGAAAGUAUCUGAUGGAAAAUCUUUGUAUUAGUGUUUACAGCAGAACUGCAGUUUGCUUGUAACUAUUCAAAUACUAUUAGUGCUGUAGUUUAUAGGUCAUGUUUGGAUAAAUUUAUCCAUACGUAACUUAUAGGAGAAGAAAAUAAGAAAGCCAAAUAAUACUUCUUGGAUAAGUUAAAAUAAACUUGAUACACUUGAUUUUUUAGAAGUUUUUUUUCAUUUAACUUCUAUAAAAGUUAGAGUGCAUAAGUUGUUAAUUUCAAUAUAUUUUACUUUCUUAUUUUCUUCUCUUAUAAAUAUUUAUGAAGUUUAUCCAAACAAGGCCAUAGACUGGUUGGUUGGUGUGGUGGCUCCAGUGGGCUAUUUUUGAGGGAUGAUGUUUCAUCUAAAGCUCAUUAUGUUAAAAAAAUUAUAUCUGAUUCCAUUGA